AAAAUAAUAAGUAAUAAAAAGAUAAUGCAGAGAUCUAUUAGAUUGAAACGUGAAUUUGAAAAACUUAAUCAAGAUCCUAUAGAAGGUAUUUCGUGUUAUCCAAAAUCUGACAAUUUUGAAAACUUUGUGGCAACGAUUCUUGGACCAAAUGAAAGUCCAUAUAGUGGAUAUAUUUUUCAAUUAUCAAUUGAUAUUUCUGAACAAUAUCCAUUUGAACCUCCAAGAAUUACUUUUCAGACACCUAUUUAUCAUCCAAAUAUUGAUAAUAAAGGCCGUAUUUGUAUGGAUCUUUUAAAUAUGCCACCUAAAGGUAAUUGGAAACCAACUAUUGGAUUAAGAAACCUUUUAGAUGCUAUACAAUGUUUGUUAAGAAAUCCAAAUCCUGAUGAUCCUUUAAUGGCAGAUAUUGCACAAGAAUAUAAAUUUAAUAGACAAGAAUUUGAAAGAAAGGCAAAACAAUUUAUGAAUAAAACAAAAAAUUAACUUUUGUAUUCAGUUAUAUAAUAUGUAUUGUUUAUUUUUUUAA